AUGGCGCCCUGGAUCCUCGCUAUCCUCUACGACAUCCUCUACUACAUCUGCCGGCGGAUCUGGCACGAAGUCCCCAUCUGGGGCGGCCGAGCGAGAGGAGAACGAAGACCUCGUGCUCCGAGUUUCCGGGAUCGGACUCGACGCAUGAGUUUCGCUAAUAUCGUUAGUGGGGGCAGUGUUCCGUCAACUCUAGCGUCGAAUAAUAGGGAUCAGAAUCGGGAUCGGGAAGAGCAGAAUACAGGUACAAGUCGAAGAAGGCAGGAUACUGGUGCGAUAUCCUCAAGGAGGUCGCACAUGAGCCAUCAUAAGACGUUAAGUGAGGAAAGUAUACAAGAGGAGAAAGAGGAGGAAUGA